AUGUUGGAUGACUCUUCAGUAGAUGUCACUCCGAUAAAGAGAAGACCAUUAUCAUUAUCGGAUAUAGGCAAUGAUGAAGAUGAUGACAUAUGCCCAACACAAGCACCAGCCCUAGAUACCUCUAUCUCUGAUGACAACAAUAACAAUAAUAACGACAACAAUAACAAUACAUCAUCAUCGUCACAGGGUGCUACUGAUACUUCACAGAUAUGGGGAGAGUUGCUAUCACUUGGUGACAAGGUAUCCACUGUCAAACUAUCCGAAGAGUCCUUGGUCGUCGGCCGUCUAAAGACAUGCAACGUGACCAUACCAGAGAUGGUAGUGAGUGCCAAGCACUGUCGUCUAUUCAAAAGGAAUGACUCCAUCUUCAUUCAAGACCUGAGUACAAAUGGUACAUUCGUCAAUGGAAGACCUGUUGGACGUGGCAACCUGCAAGUUGUGAAGAAUGGAGAUACAAUCAGUUUUGCCAGCGCAUCGACGGACAAUCAAUUGGCAUACAUGCUCAGGGAUAUGAAGUUGGAUCAGAAACUACCUCAGCAGGUGUGGCAGACACUCGCCAGGAAGAAGAUAUUGACCGACUAUGAUAUCAUUGGUGAGCUGGGUCGUGGAACAUUCAGCGUGGUCUAUCUAGGCGUGAACAAGAACAACGCCACAAAGGUGGCAAUCAAGGACAUUGACUUGGCCAAAUACCAAGGCAACCCAAGAUACAUGAACCAACUCAAUCGCGAGAUUGACAUCCUACGCUCAAUCAGACAUCCCAACAUUGUACAUAUCCAUGAAAUAUUCCAGAGUGAUCAACAUGUCUUUAUCGUCAUGGAGUUGGCCACUGGAGGCGAGUUAUAUGAGAAGCUGGAGAAUGACGGAUCAUUGAGCGAGAGUGAUGCCAGACUGAUAUUCAUUCAAUUGCUCAAGGCUGUGGAGUAUCUGCACUCACUUGGAAUUGCACAUCGUGACCUCAAGCCUGAGAACAUCCUGUUUGACUAUGACCAGGCCAAUCCACUACAUGUCAAGGUUACCGACUUUGGAUUGGCACGUGUAAUUGGUCAAGGAGAGUUGGCCAAGACACUAUGUGGCUCGCCACUCUAUAUUGCGCCAGAAGUUAUUGUAUCAAAGACCAAGAGUUACGCAGUGGCAGACUUUAACAAAGGUUAUGGAUUCUCAUGUGAUGCAUGGUCACUUGGUGCACUGUUAUAUGUUAUAUUGAGUGGCGAUCCACCUUUCGACGAUGACUCUGAUCAGAUGACAUCCACACCAACAAUAUUUACACAGAUAAUGUCAGGAGACAUAUCGUAUCCAGAACAUAUUUGGAAUGAAUCAUUGAUAUCAAAAAAUGCUCAACACUUGGUAAAACGAUUAUUGACAGUUGAUCCAAAUGAGCGUAUUACAAUCAAGGAGGCAUUGAAUCAUCCUUGGAUCACUACAGACCCAUCAUCAUCGUCAUCAACCACCAUAACUACCAACUCUACUAUUAUUGACAGGAAGAGAUUGAAGAUGUCUGGAGGUUUAGAAAAUGAUGAUGAAGACUACGAUGGAGCGGAUGAUCCAACAAUCAAGAAGAUGAGGACCAUUAUGGAAUAA